AUAGGGUCUCCUGAACUAUUUGCCCCAGCUGGCUUUGAAUUGCAAUUCUCCUGAUCUCUGCUUCCUGAGUAGCUAGGAUUACAGGUGUGAGCCACUACACAUUUUCACCUCUUAAUCCCUCCAUUUAAUGUGAUUAAAGUUCAACACGAGAACCUUGGGGGCACUCAGACUAUAUCACAGCCCUGUGUGAUAUCACAGCCCUGGAAUUCCUUUCCAGGUUUGUCUGAUUUCAGGUUGGUUCUACAUUUCUGGUUGGUCUGAUCACUUCAACUUGGGACUUCUUUCUGCUGCUAUAAGUCCCUAGAAUUAUUUUAUAAAUGGUAAAAGUACUGUGUGUACUUUGACUUUUUCCACUCAGCACAACUGAAAUUCAUCCAUGUAGUGCCUAUUGGUACUUCAUUCAUUUGUAUGGCUAAAUAGUAUUUCAUUUACAGAUAUACAAAUGUUUCUCUGUUUACCUGUUGAUGAACCUUUGGGUUGUUUCUAGAUCUGGUUAAUUACAAAUAAACCUGCUACAAACAUUUGUGUAUUCAUCUCUCGGCAUAUGAGCAGGAGCUGGAUCAUAUAGAAGGUGUAUGUUUAACAUUUUAUACUUAACUUGGAAUAAUUUUAGAAAAGUUUCAGAGGUAGAACAUAGGGUUUUGCAUGCCCUCACCUAGUUUUCCUUAUUGUUAGCAUCUUAUGACCAUACAGUUGUCAAAGCUCAAAAACUGACAUUGACAGGCACAUUACCAGCUAAACUCCAGGCUUUUUUUAGGUUUUGUUAGUUUUCCACUAAUGCCUUCCUUCUGUUCCAGGAUCCAGUCCAGGGCACUGUAUGGCAUUGAGUUUUCCUGUCUCCUUUGGCUUCUCUGGUAUGUGACAGUUCCCAGCCUUUCCUUGUUUUUGUGACCUUGGCAGUCUUGAGGAUACUGACCAGUUAUCCUGUGGAAUGUGCCCUGGUCUGCAUUCAGAUGUUUUUCCUUGUGAUUGAACUGGGAAAGACUAGCAUGGAGGCGAAGGGCCUUUUCAUUGCAUCCUCUUGGGUACACAGUAGUCACGAUACCUCAGGGGCAAGGAGAUUUGGGUUCCCUUCCUGCAGGGGGAGAAGCUUCCUGUGUCAUGUGGAAGUCUUCCAUAACAAAGACUGACUCGUGGCUCUUUUCUUUCUUCAUGUAUUUGUGUCAGUACAGACCCAGUAUAUUUACUUCAACUUGGAUUCUAAUCCAUUACUACCUGUUACUUCUUUUUAUUCCUCAUAUUCUUCCAGCUUUGGCCAUGGAUUCUUUCAGAUGGGCUCAUGUCAUGGGAUGUGGUGCUACCCCUGUGAUUUUUGAGUACUUCCUUUCUAAUACCACCAGAUGCCUUGCUGCACCUGUCAUCGUCCCUACCCAGCUCCAGAGUGAGUCAGUUGUUCUUCAGGGAGCACUGGCUCCUCUAUUCAAGAAGGUAUUUAGAAACCAAGACCAGGGCACUAGGUGUUCUUAUGACAAUUGGCCUGGCAUAUGUUUCCAGGUCCUAUCAAGGAACAGAGGCAGGUCAGAUGUGUAUGUCAAAGUGCACAUGCUUAUGCAUAUUCAUAUAGUUAGGAGGUUGGAACAGUUCUUACAGGAAACUGAUCAGUCCAGGACCACUGGGAUCCCUCUAGCUUUCUGCCUUGUGUUGCCCUAACUUCCCUGCCCAACAGCACCUGGCUCCUGCCUGCAGUUGGCCACUUACUUCCUGUGCAACCUCUGUGCCUGCCCUGCAGUUCCAGGGUGGCCAGCAAGUUUAGCUGGGAAGUAAAUCACCAACAGGGGGUGCAGCGUUACCCCUGCAUUUCCUUUGACCUUUGGCUUUAUGAAGUCAUGUAACCAGUCUGCUGAUCACAGUAGACCCUGAGAGGGAAAUGUCAAUUCACUUAAAGACCAAAGAGAAGCCGGUGGCUGGUGGCUCACCCCUGUAAUCCUGGCUACUCAGAAGGCAGAGAUCAGGAGGUUUGAGGUUUAAAGUCAGGAAGCCACCUUGGGCAAACAGUUGGUGAGGCCCUAUCUCAAAAAACCCCAUCACAAAAAAGUGCUUGUGGAGUGGCUCAAGGUUUAGGCCGAGUUCAAACCUCAGGACAAAAAAAAAAAAAAAAAGACCUAAGAGAAUCUCCACUUAGAGUGGCAAAGUCCUGGCCAGGACUGAGGAACAAGGACUCAAAAGAAAUCCUUUCGCACCUUUUCCGCUUUUCCCCUCUGUGGAAAACAUGCCGGGUCCCUCCUGGCUCUGCUCUGUGGGGGAAGUGGAAGAGGCAGUUCCAAUAGUGAGGGCUGGAGGAAGGCUUGGGGUUCCAGUCCUCCGCGGAUUCCGACAUUCCCACGCUUCCAGACCCUUUCCCAGCCCUUCCUAACUGCUCCCCAGGGCAACCACAGCAACAGAGAAGGUGCAUGGCCUCCACAUGGCAUAGCGCCUGCACGUGGGGUGGAGGCGGAGCCUGGCUUGGUGGGGCGGGGCUUGGCACGUGGCAGGGUGCGCAGGCGCGGCGUCCUCCAGUCUGGGCCUAGGUGGUAGCAGCAUGGCGAAGCCGAGUUGGCGGUUGGUUGCCUUGACAGGCGCGGGCAUCGCGCUGGCCCUGGAGGCGCUGCCCUGGUUGGUGCGCUGGCUGAGGGCCGGCCGGCGGCCGCGGCACGAAGUGCUCUUCUUCCCGUCGCAAGUGACCUGCACCGAGGCUCUGCUGCAGACCCCGGGCGCCGCUCCCGCCCGGGCCCCAGCCGACUGCCGGUGCAGCCUCCCGCACAGCGAGAGCUCGCUGAGCCGCCUGCUGCGCGCCCUGCUGGCCGCCCGCUCCAGCCUCGAGCUCUGCCUCUUCGCCUUCUCCAGCCCGCAGCUGGGGCGCGCCGUGCAGCUGCUGCACCAGCGCGGGGUGCGUGUGCGGGUCAUCACCGACUGCGACUACAUGGCCCUCAACGGCUCGCAGAUCGGCCUGCUGCGCAAGGCAGGUAUCCAGGUGCGGCAUGACCAGGACCUGGGCUACAUGCACCACAAGUUUGCCAUCGUAGACAAGAAGGUGCUCAUCACUGGCUCCCUCAACUGGACCACACAAGCCAUCCAGAACAACAGAGAAAAUGUCCUGAUCAUGGAGGACGCUGAGUACGUGAGGCUGUUCCUGGAGGAAUUUGAGCGCAUCUGGGAAGAGUUUGACCCCACCAAAUACAGCUUUUUCCCCCAGAAGAAGCAGGGUCGCUGAAGCUGUUCCCUCACCUGUGUGGGAGGGAAGAGGCCCAGGGAUUGUGUGCUGCUGGCUGCCCUGCUGUCUCCGAGCCCUCUAUGCUUAAAAAAAAAAAAAAAAGGCCAC